AUGGAACAUGGUGACUUCGCCGAGACCAUAGACCGGCUGUGUGAUGAAUUUCGCGAAAAGUUGGUGAGUGCCUAUGAGUCACUUCAAGCUCCCCCAACAGAGGCUCCCCCAACAGAGGGGGCUCUCCGAGGUCUCAGUCAGAGGGUGGCCAAAUCAUAUUCAGUGGCGAGCAGCCGUGCGGGUAGCCGUGCGACAAGCCGUCCGAUAUCACGUGCGAAUAGCAAAGGCAGCAGUUUGACUCACUCGCAGAGCUUAUCAGCACGUUCGACCAGCCGGGUCGUAAGGAGUGAGACAAACGGCCCGGGCGAUGGUUCGUGCAACCCAAACAUGAACUCUAUGACUUCAAGCUCCAUGGAGAGUGACCACAUUCCUCACGGCGAUUCCUCGACGAUCUUCCGGUCAGUUCUUGCACACCUCACUCCCGAGGAGGCUCGCACUGUCCGCUAUCGAUUGAGAUGGCGUCUUGGAGCUAUGUCCUCUAAGACAAUAGUUUCAGGCAAGCAUAUCCACGAUGCGGUUUCUACACUGGGCCUCACAACUUACUCAGAGGAGGACAUGAAUGAGUUCGUGAACUUGCUGGCAGACUUCAUCAAACUUAGCUUCGAGGCCAUGGACGUGGAUGAGACGCCGGAGCAUGACGGAAUCCAAUUGGGGUGGUUCUCCAGUGACAACAUGGCCUUCCGGCCGGUUUGGGCAUGGCCCGAAAAGGUGGAGUCGGAGAUUCAUGGGCCACAGUUGAAGAAAAGUGUGACGCAGAAACUAACAACCGCGCAGGAUUUGCAGCCUAUGCGAAGCUUCAACGUGGUCCCGGCGCAAGCAUUGAUGGAGGUAUUGCUUGCAACCGAGGGUGAGGUCCAUAAAAAGAUUUUUGGCUCAAAGCGCAUGCAACAGUUUCGGGCAUUGAAGGAAAUUUUGCUAGCGGCUGACACCAAUCGGCUUGUGGCAGAGUUGACCUUUGUGCGAAUUAACGAUCUGGCUGGGCCUGCAGAGCGCACAAAUAUUCUGACCAUCAUGGAGCCACUCGUAGCCCUUCUCAUCGUCGCCAACGGGGUAAUGAUAGGUCUGCAAACUCAUCCAGGAAACGAGGACUGGAGCGGCUGGCCGGCGCUGGAAGCGGCAUUUACAUGUGCGCUAUUUUUGGAGAUAGGACUCCGCAUGUAUUUCAUGCGAUGCCGCAACUAUUGCUGUGGCCCUGACCGUUACUGGAGUUACUUUGAUGUGUUCCUUGCUGCAACUGGACUUUCCGACGCGAUCCUCCAGGCGGUUGUGGACGAAACCAUUAUGGACGCAAAUGGCACUUCGCUUCUGAGGUUUUGCAGGUUGAUUCGCCUGGUGCGGAUUGUCAAAGUCUUCCGAAUCAAAGCAAUGAGGGAUCUCCGGCUGAUGGUGAAAGGCCUGAUCGCAGGAGUGCGAACUCUCAGUCUUGCCUUUUUGCUGCUCUUUGGGGUCCUCUAUGUGAUUUCCGGACUGGCAGCCAUUACCAUCGGUUCUGACAGCAAGACAAAGGACCUUAAUCUCGAUAGCUACUUUUCGGACAUUCCUCAGACAAUGUUCACUGCGUUCCGUUGCUUCACAGGGGAGUGCACAAAUGAAUUUGGACACCCAAUCCUUAUUGAGUUGAAAGAGGCAUAUGGACUGCCCUUUGUUCUUUCCUACGUCAUCAGCUACAUGCUCGUCUCGAUGGGGAUUUUCAAUGUAAUUCUAGCUGUCUAUGUUGAUAUCACGAUGAAGGCCGCGAAGGAGAACGAUGCAGUCACUGCGGAGCAGUACUCGCGGGAGUCUGUUCGCGUUGCACGGGCAACAAGGGAGCUUCUGAAAAAGUUCCAGGCAGCCUAUCACAAGUUUCAUGAAAUGGAAGAAGACGACUCCCCAGGAAGGCGUCUAUCGAAGAUGAAGCUGAACAAGCCGAGCACAUUGUUUGCCCAGGACGGAACGCAUGACAUGGAAAUCACCAAGGAGAUGUUCUUGCUCAUUAUCCAGGACAGGAGCGUGCAAAAGCUGAUGAACGAGUUGGACUUGCCACCCGAUCGUGCCAACAUGUUUGAGAUCAUAGAUGCUGACGGCAGUGGCACACUGCAACUUGCAGAGCUGUUGCACGGCUUGUUGAAAAUGCGUGGCGACAUCAGCAAGUCCGAUGCUGUGGCAGCCUACCUGGCCACCAAAGCGGUGCAGGACAUGCUCACCGAGAUCAAAGAGGACUUACGCUCGGUGAGGAGCGAGGCUCAUCGCAGGACUUACCAGCCACCGGAGCCGUUCAGUCCUGGCAGUGGGGUCUCAGAGGGCUCCUUCCCCCUGAGCCCCCUCGGGCCCCUUGACUCACCAAAGGAACCAGCCAAGCAUGAUCCGGAGCCAGAACUCACACCGGGCCUAUCCGGUGUCCAGGCCUCUCAAAAGCCCGAAGUUCCAGGCGGAGAACUUUCCCAGCCUCCUUCUCCAAAGGCAAUUCAGAUUCAUACAGACACAUGA